AUGCUGGCCAGUGCCGGCGUGUUCAGGCUCGCUAGAACGGGCUGUUGGAGCACGGACGCGUUGCUGCUGGCUAGCAGAUUCGCGUGGUACACGGACGGUGCAUCCUCCGAACCGGCAGUAGCCAGUAGUUGGGCCCCUAUCGGCGCUGAUGGCCCCUGGAGGCCCAGUGACGAAGCCACUUUGACGGCUUCGAGCUUCUCCGCCGAGGCCGAAACUGUUCCCCUUGGUUUGCCGGCGCCGCCGACGCCUCCUGGGGCGCACGCCUCGGCCGGCGGGCCCGUCGCUACCGUCUCUCCCUGUUCCUUAGUCCCGGACACUGUCCCGGAACACACUCGACCCGUCGUCGCACCACACACUGGCCCCACGGUCACACGAAAUCGCACAAUGUCCUUCCCGAGUUCACCAAAGUCAUCGACGCGCUCGUCGCCGCCUCCCUGGUGCACGCCGUACGCCACUAAUUUGACUUUGGCCCCCAUAAAUAUCGAGGAGGACCCUAUGCCGCCGCCGCCGCCGCCGCCGAAACCGGCGCUCUGCUGCCCUUCCAAAUACCAGACGCACCCGGACGUGAACACCGACGGAACGACGGAUGAAUGGGCGAUACACCAAUGGCUUCGUACUCGAUAA